CCCCGCCCUCCUGCCUCGCCCUUUUGCUUUCGCUUCUUCCCUUCAGCUUGGCGGCGGCCAUGGAGAACGGGGCCGUGUACCGCCCGACCACCGAGCCCCGCUGCAAGGAGCCCCGCCGGCCCUGCGGCUGCACCCGGCACCGCCUGAAGGGCUGGAGGCUGCCGGCCAAAGUGCUGCAACCGUUUCUCUCUCUUCUGGCUGUUAUUUUUGAGGAAAUUGUGGAGGAUUGUAGCAAUUGUGGUGGACUUUACUUCUUUGAAUUCACAAGCUGCACUGCUUUUCUUCUGAGCCUCCUGAUCCUCUGUGUGUAUUGCACUGUUGCAUAUGAAACCUUCGGGAAAGAUAAAGUAGAGAAAGUGAACUUUUGGGCCAUGCUAGCCAUAGGUGUCAUUUUCCUGUUAGCUUCAAUAGUUCUUGCUGCAACAAAUUCUUCACCGGUUCCUGCAAUUAUGGCAUAUGUAUUUGGAUUUUUCGCAAGUAUGGCAUUUUUAGCUGAGGUUGGGAUGGAGUAUUGGGACAGGCGGAAACAAAGCACCAGAGAACACCCUCAAAAUUCAGGCAACACUCAGGGCACCGCAGAAGAUUCCCCACUGAAUAAGUAAAGCUGAACUUUCUGAAAUUAGUUCCUUUUUUUUUUUUUUUCAGUGGAGCAAACUAAAAUGAAGUUUCAAUGUUCUGUAGGUAAAACAUCUGUCUCUUCCUUUGAAUCAAUUUUUUAUACUUUGCUCAUCACAAAUGGAUCCUUAGGUCAAGUAACAUCACCUUGAACAUCAUGUUAUAUUUUAUUUUGUAGGUAACUUGUUCUGCCAUUUCUCUAGGUGGCAUACAUUAAAAAAAAAUAAUAGUCUAAAUAGAAUAACACAAGGACAACAUUGUGCUGAUUCAAUUUUGGUAGGAGUGACUAUGAAAGGAUAAUCUGUGGUGCAUAAAUUCUCAGUUAUGCCUUAAAGACAUUUUCUGUAUGAACUGGACCAAAUAUAUCUUCUACUAGUUACAAGUUAGUACGGUAGAACUCAUUCUUGUACUCACUGGCCAAACAGUAAGUGUAAAAGGGAUAAUACCCAAUUGCAGCUUUACAAAAAUGCUUAUCUUUAUGUAAGGGUUUUUGGUUUGUUUUUACUAACUACACUUUUUAGUUCUGUCUCUGGAGAUCAGUUCAAUGAAAUAGCUUAGAGUUUUUAUGCAAGUUUUUUUUUUUUUUUUUUUUUUUUUUUUUUUUUUUUUUUUUUUAGGAGACAGCUUUGUACCCUAUGGUUAUUCAAGUUCAGGCUUGUAUGCCAGAAUAUUCCCUCAGACUGUUUCAAAAGUGACAAAAGUCACAGGGGAAAAAAAAAAAAUUAAAAAAUGGAUUGGCAUCUGUGAGAGGAAAAAGUUUAAGUAUUUUCACAAAGUCACCCAGAAGUAGCAAUCUGAACAUCAGUGGGAGAACGAUUACAGCAUGUUGUAAUAUCGACUAUCAUUUGCAGGGUUGAUACCAUGCACAGCUUGUUUGUGCAUAGUUUUACCAGAUUGGUUUUGGCAGCACCAUUUUCUGUGCUGAUAUCUAUGGCACUAGUAUGAGACUUCUUGCUGCUGGCUAACUCAGCUGGUAAACAGGUAAAUAAGCACUCGUAACCUCCAUUUGUCUUAAAAGCAAGGGGCCGGGAGACUGCAAGAAACACUACUGAUGCAAGGUGUAUCAGACCAGUGAGAGACUAGAUGUUGAUGGCUACUGUGUAAAAAGUGAAGUGGUUAAGGAAAAAAAAAAAAAAAAGGCAUUUUGCAGAUGUCUGAGGUAGAAACAAAAUUGCUAAACCUCAUUUAGAGGGAAGCCCUCAAAAGUAGGGCGAACUGCUGUGUGUCAACAGACCUUCCAAAAUGCCAAAGCAAAUGGGAAAAAGCUGAUUAUGCAAAAACAGUCCGUGUUUGAGUUCUCGUGACAACUGUCGUGUCUUCCAGGCAUCAUUGUCUGAAAAAUGUAUAGUCCUGUAACCUGCUGUGGCAGCACUGAGAGUAAGCCCUCCAGAAAUUGUCUGAGAGCUAUAUUUGGAAAAGGAUGAGGAAGCCAUUGUAAGACAAAGCAUUGUAAAAGAGGGUCAAAGGUUUUUCUUGUUGGUGGUGGUGUUUGUUUUUUUUGUUUUUUUAACUCCCAGUACUGCUACUUUCUGACGAAUGUGAGUUUGUGAUGUUGUCUCUCUAAACUCUGAGACCUAACCUUAACACUACACUUCGCUUGGGCAGUGUAACAUUUUGACAGCUGGUGUGAAUUGUGAGGUUUAAGCUGCAGCUUGGUUUCAGAACCGUGCAUAAAACACAGACUUUCCUUCGCCUAAUUUCCUGCUUUGUGAGGAUGAAAUGUUCCUUAGGUUGGAAUUGAUUUUCCUUGUAUUUAUUAGUGUCCAUUUGCACUAACACUUGAUCUUGGUGUAGGUGUACAGAGCCUGCCAUAGCUGUGCCUGAAAGCUGGGUAGGUUUUGAGAUGGUUUUGUUUACAAGCAACCUUACUGCUUACCAAGCUGGCCACAGUGGGAAAUAUCUCAAUAUCUCUGCUGCAAUUUGCAGUGCCUUACUUUGGGGUUUGUGUCCACAGCUAUAAUUAAUAUUUUAAGCUUGGGUUUGGUUUUGCUUGGUUUUGUGGGUUGUUUUAUUUUUCUUAUUUUUCUUAAUUAUAAUUAUUUUUAUUGCCUGGCAUUCUAUCUAAUCAAUGCACAUCAAGAAGCCUGCAGUUUCUAAAUCUUGAUAUAUAAUCAAAAGCUGUAAAUAUAGCGUAAGAAUAACGCAGUGUUGCUGAUAUUUUUAAAUGAUGCAGCACUAUGGUGGGGCUUGUGUCAUGGGGUAAUUUUUCCUUUUUUUUUUUUUUUUCCUCCUUGAAAAUAUGUUACAGGAAUUAUAGGUUUUGAUUGCUUUCUCUGAAAGACUUUUCCCCACCAAAGUGCUUUGUUGUUGGUGUCCACUCCCGAAUUGGAGAUACCGGUACUGAGAGGGAUCUGUGAAGUCACCUCUCUACCUUGGCCUCCCUAUCUAUGUGGUGUCUACUGCUGAUCCUUUACAGAGAAACGGAGUGUGCCGUUUUCCUUGUAGCUGUUUCAAGUAGCUUUUACCCAUUUUCUCACUGACUCACUGAUCCCUGUAUGGAUUUGAGGAUCCAAUUCUGUCACUGACUGAAAGGGAUGCUCUGCCAUCAGCUAAUGAAAACAAGUGGGUAGUUUUUUGGAAACUGCUUUAUCAGUUCCACAAGAUGAAGGGGCAGAUGCUAUCCCUGUGUCCCUCCUGGCACCUCUGCCCUCACAGACUAAUAGGGUGAGAGAUUUCCCUCCCCCAAAGCUGCGUGGUGUGGCCCCCUGCACUCUUGAAGUGCCCCCUGUCAUGCUUUUGGUGCUGGAUCCAGGCUCUGAGUGUCUCUCACUUGGACCGAUCCCAGAGGAUGGCCCUGGACCUGGAUGAAACGUGUUUUUUUGUGGGAGCUGUGUGUGGCUGGAUGCCUUUUACCCUCCCGUGCUCUGUCAGCAAAGCAGUUUGCACGUUUCCCAGCCUGUUUCUGAUGAAACCAGCCUGCUUUACUUGAAGCAGGUUUUUUAAUUGCUUAAAUUUAAGUUGGCUGAUUGUGACUGAGGGUCUGUUCAGGAGAGUGGUGGGAGCUUUGGCAGAAGGGCAGUUAUGAGGAACUGCCCUAAAUUUCUCUUACUGUUCACGAAGCAACCAUCCGUGUACAACCUUAGCUGACAGUAACACCUGGGGACAGGAGCAGUUGGCCACGCGUCAAGCUGAGGGUUGUCUUCUCCCAUCUUCACCGCAGUGCUUGGCAGUGGCGUCGUGAGCCUGCUCAGACACAUUGCAAGCUUUCGCCUUUUCCAGUUGAGCCUGUCCAAAAACACUCUGUGCACUGAACUUCGGGCCUUGUUUACAGUGCCGUGAGAAUCGGUGCAGAGGGUUCUCCAGGACGUGUGAGGACUUGCUAUGAAGGGGCUGGUCUGCAAGUUUCUCCUCUGAAAAUCUGCAGGUGCCUUGUGUAGGCUGGGAAUAUUUUUUUUUUAUGUGUGUUCUGCAUUUGGCCCACAUUAAAAUCGCGAUGCUAGCAAUGCCCUUUGGAUUCAAGCAUGGGAAGGAAUUGUGCCCUACUGCUUGUGCUCUGUGCUUUAAAAACAGCAGGGGAGGAUCGUGGUCUUCUACAAUUCAGGUCUGCCUUUGCACCCUCUGACUCAAAACUACAGCAAGUUGUCCUACACAAGUCUCAGAGCUCUGCACAAGAUGUUUUUGCAUAAUGGCCAGCACGGUAAUCCUCGUUCUGCUCAAAUUUGUGCAAUAAAAAUACCAAACUUACUACACUGAAGGGAAGCUUUGGUGAGACUUUAAAAAUGUUACAUAAAACUGUAAUGAAUCGAGAUGCUGGUAGUGCCUUCAAGAUGGAAAUUCAUCUUUGUUCUGCUUUAUUGCUGUAAGCAGCAGCAGAUUAAAUUUUAGAUUAAAUCUAAAUUAAUCUUCUAGAUUAAAUUUUAUGUCAUUCAGAACUAUCACUUUUGUACCUUUGAGAAUUUAAGUGACUUAAUGAUUAUUAAAUCAGGAUGAUAACGAUGGUUUUAUAUAUUGUAUACAAUAAUUUUUUUUUUUUUUUUUUUACAGUUUUGCAGUCAUUGUUGCCUUGAACUUCCAUUAAAAUAAUUUUGAAAUGUUUAACUAUUUUUCCAUUCCAAGCCUGUGGUCUUUUUAAUGUAUUAUGCUCUUUUGGACUUAAGAACUUUUAAAAAUAUUUUGUAAUCAUUUUUAAAAUAAAACAUGACUUAAGUAUG